AUGGCGGUGAAUGUCCCGGGACUGGUGGCUGUGUUGGUUUUUUACAUGGUCAUCCUCGUCAUUGGGGUCUGGGCAUCUCGAAAAUCCAAGAAAGAGGAGAAGACAUGUACUGGAAGCAAGAGCGAGGUCACCAUCGUCGGUGGCCGCAACAUCAAUGUCGUUGUUGGGAUUUUCACCAUGACAGCGACAUGGGUUGGUGGAGGUUAUAUUAUGGGAACCGCUGAGGCUGUUUAUGUUCCCACCCGUGGUCUCAUUUGGGCUCUGGGGCCGCCUGCACAUCUUUUUGGUUUUCUUUUGGCGGGACUAUUCUUUGCAAAACCUAUGAGGUCAAAAUGCUACGUGACUAUGUUGGACCCGUUCCAGUAUCGCUAUGGCAACAUGUUCACCGCAAUGCUACUGCUUCCUGCUCUGAUCAGCGAUAUUUUGUGGGUUGCCUGCAUCCUUUCUGCUCUGGGAGGAACGAUGAGCAUGAUUCUCGAGUUGUCGUCAGCCCUCUCUAUUGUUAUCUCGGCCGCUGUCUCCAUCAUCUAUACAGUAUUAGGGGGUCUGUACUCUGUUGCAUAUACUGAUGUCAUCCAGUUUUGCUUCAUCUUUGUCAGCAUGUGGCUCUGUGUUCCUUUUAUGCUCCUCAGUCCUGCUGUCACUGACCUCUCACAAGGACCCAACAUCAACCAAACGAGUGGGAUCCCAUGGCUGGGAGAGAUGGAGCUGGAGGACGCAGGAAUAUGGAUGGAUGAGUUUCUAUUAGUGACUGUGGGCGGACUGGCCUAUCAAUGUCUCUACCAGAGGAUCCUCUCUGCAGCCUCCUCUGCUCAGGCUCAGGUCACCUGCUUCGCUGCUGCUGGGACAGUUUUUAUGAUGGGAAUUCCCUCUGUAAUCAUAGGAGCAGUGGCGGCCUCUGCAGACUGGAACCAGACAGCGUAUGGUCUACCCCCUCCUUUCGAACGAGGGGAGGCCGUGAAGAUCCUGCCGCUGGUCCUGCAAUAUCUCACACCCAACUGGGUAUCAGUGUUAGGCAUUGGUGCUGUGGCUGCAGCAGUCAUGUCCUCAAUGGACUCGGUGCUGCUGUCCUCAGCUUCAAUGUUUACACAAAACAUUUACAGGACGACUUUAAGAAAGCAGGCGUCGGAGCGGGAGCUGCUGUGGGUGAUCCGUGGUAGCGUGGUGCUGGUGGGCCUGGCAGGAACAGGCCUGGCCUUUGGUGAUGACAGCGUGUUUGCCCUCUGGCUGUUGAGCGGAGACCUGCUCUACUGCAUCGUCUUCCCACAGCUCGCCUGCGUGCUGCACUUCCGCCACGCUAAUACCUACGGCGCCAUCAUCGGCUACGUAGUUGGGGUACUGCUGCGUGUGGUGGGUGGAGAACGAGUACUCGGGAUCCCUCCUGUUGUCCUGUAUCCCGGCUGGACGGAGGAGGACGGAGUUAUAAAACAGCACUUUCCCUUCAGAACCCUGGCAAUGCUUUGUUCUGUGAUAAGUAUUGUUAGCGUGUCCUGGCUGCUGGAGCUCGGCUUCUCUCACCAGGUCAUUCCUCGCUCCUGGGAUGUACUGCGCUUUUUUAAGGAGAAGGAGGGAGAAGGAGAAGUGCAGGAAGAACCUCUUCCUCUGGAGGAAAAGGACAAAACUCUUAAUACAAAAUUGUAA